AGAGCUAAGAUUGGUCCGAGCACCAAGAACACAGAGAGCUCGUCCGCCAACGCCGCCUCAAAGUUUGACUCGAACGGCAACCGAGACCGCAUCAAGCUCUGCGACUUCAACUUCCUCAUGGUGCUGGGCAAGGGCAGCUUCGGCAAGGUGAUGCUGGCGGAGCGCAAGGGCACGGAGGAGCUGUACGCCAUCAAGAUCCUGAAGAAGGACGUGGUGAUCCAGGACGACGACGUGGAGUGCACCAUGGUGGAGAAGAGGGUCCUGGCCCUGGCUGGGAAGCCCCCCUUCCUCACCCAGCUGCACUCCUGCUUCCAGACCAUGGACCGCUUGUACUUUGUAAUGGAGUACAUCAAUGGUGGAGACCUUAUGUAUCAGAUACAGCAGGUUGGCAAGUUCAAGGAACCCCAUGCUGUGUUCUAUGCCGCAGAGAUUGCCAUAGGCCUUUUUUUCCUGCACCUGAAGGGCAUCAUUUACAGGGAUCUGAAGUUAGACAACGUAAUGCUGGAUGCCGAGGGCCACAUCAAGAUAGCCGACUUUGGGAUGUGUAAGGAGAACAUGCUGGAUGGUGUCACCACCAAGACCUUCUGUGGCACGCCCGACUAUAUCGCUCCCGAGAUCAUUGCAUACCAGCCCUACGGGAAGUCUGUCGACUGGUGGGCCUUCGGAGUGCUGCUGUACGAGAUGCUAGCUGGGCAGCCUCCCUUCGACGGUGAAGACGAGGAUGAGCUGUUCCAGUCCAUCAUGGAGCACCAUGUGUCCUACCCCAAGUCCAUGUCCAAAGAGGCUGUCGCCAUCUGCAAAGGGCUGAUGACCAAGCACCCAGGGAAGCGUCUGGGCUGUGGGCCCGAGGGGGAGAGGGACAUCAGGGAGCAUGGCUUCUUCCGCUACAUGGACUGGGAGAAGCUGGAGAACAAGGAAGUCCAGCCCCCGUUCAAACCCAAGGCUUGCGGAAAGGAGGCGGAGAACUUUGAUCGCUUUUUCACCCGCCAUCCCCCAGUCCUGACCCCCCCAGACCAGGAAGUCAUCCAGAACCUGGACCAGGACGAGUUUGAGGGCUUCUCCUUCAUCAACCCAGAGUUCCCCUCUGCUAGCCCAGAACAGAGCUAAGGCCCAGAACACAGACACACACACACACAGUAUACAGACACACACAUGCACUCCAACUUAACAUAUUGCAGUCCCACACUGAGAGAAAGUACACUACACAGUCCUGACACACAUCCACACACACGCACGCACACACACUUUCUCUCACACACACAUAUACACUCUUACACACAAGCUUUCACGUGUCUCACAUAACUUUCUGCAUUCCUUAUGAUAACCUAGAAUGUGUGUAAUUUGUGGUAUCAGUUUUCUUGCUCCUUGGUUAUUUCAGGUCCAUACCUUUUGCUUUCUCUGGUGUGGGUUGUUGUCAUUUCUUGGGAUGACAGAGUCAAUGGGCUGCUCACGCCAGCAGAAACUGGAAUGUUAAUUCAGAUCUGUUUGCAUGAGUUUAUUGUUUUUGUUAUGCCUGGAGCGAAGUUAGCUACAUAGCGAUAGGUAGUACCGAUCCUCCUUCUCUAGUAUACAUAUAAGCGAGAGUGACAAGGGUUUGGUUUGUUAUAAAGCAUGAUAAAAAGGUUUAUGUUUACAAGGUGUGUAUGUGUGGCGGUACACACCUGCUUGAGUGUGUGUUAGCUUCUGUGGUGUUGUGAUGAAGGUCCGCAUAACAAGCCUUUGUUUAGCCACACCUAUGUCCUUCAGGCACUCCCCCAUCACCCCCCUCUCCCCCUAAACCAGGCUUGGUCUGGCCCAACCCCUGUUGACAUUGUCCUGUGGUUCGUUCCAGAGACAUGGGAAGAUAUGUAUCGGGUUGGGUGAUGGUGAGAGAGUGGGACCGGAUUUUUGUGUAUCCAUAAUGUAACUGGUGGUUUUUAAUCACUGCUGUGAAAUACUGCUGUCUGAUUGGAGCGCUGUGAAGGAGUCGGUGCUGGGAGCUCUGCGAGUCGGACAGGAAGUCAUAUCUGUCCUGUUGUUUUGUUUUGCUGUACCCAAGCUAGCAAUAAUCCUGUGGUAGACAUGAUCGGAACUAACCUGCUGAGUGGAAUAUAGAGUAAAAAGGGGGGAGGUGUGGGUGGGGGGUGGGGGGGCGUCAGUUACCACGGCAACCCCAGUGGGCUGUAGUCAGUCUUGGUAACCAUGGCGACUGCUGCCGAAGCGAGUGGCGGCAGUUGCAGGUUAGCAGUUGUUACCCCUGGUUAUCUGGUGCCUCAUCAUAUCGCACUCUACAUCAGAGGGUCUUCAGGGAGCUCGGGGGCUGGUUACACGGUAUCAGGUCGAGGGUUGCCACAGUGGGCUCAGACUGUAGGACACUGCUGUGUCUGUGCUAGGAGACACCAUUCUGCAGCGCUGUGUCUGUGCUAGGAGACACCAUUCUGCAGCGCUGUGUCUGUGUUAGGAGACACCAUUCUGCAGCGCUGUGUCUGUGCUAGGAGACACCAUUCUGCAGCGCUGUGUCUGUGCUAGGAGACACCAUUCUGCAGCGCUGUGUCUGUGCUAGGAGACACCAUUCUGCAGCGCUGUGUCUGUGUUAGGAGACACCAUUCUGCAGCGCUGUGUCUGUGCUAGGAGAGACCAUUCUGCAGCGCUGUGUAUGUGCUCUGUAGGAGACACCAUUCUGCAGCGCUGUGUCUGUGCUAGGAGACACCAUUCUGCGGCGCUGUGUCUGUGCUAGGAGACACCACUCUGCAGCGCUGUGUCUGUGCUAGGAGAGACCAUUCUGCAGCGCUGUGUCUGUGCUCUGUAGGAGAGACCACUCUGCAGUGCUGUGUCUGUACUAGGACACACCAUUCUGCAGCGCUGUGUCUGUGCUAAGAGACACCAUUCUGCAGUGCUGUGUCUGUGCUAGGAGACACCACUCUGCAGCGCUGUGUCUGUGCUGGGAGACACCAUUCUGCAGCGCUGUGUCUGUGCUGGGAGACACCAUUCUGCAGCGCUGUGUCUGUGCUCUGUAGAAGAGACCACUCUGCAGCGCUGUGUGUGAGCUAGCUGUUCUAAUGAGCAGUAGAGGGUAUAGACGGGUGUCUCUUGGUUCUCCAUCUGCAGAGCCAACAUAGCUGUCUCGUUUCUGCCAAAAUGUGCUUUGUAGAUAAGAACAGGGCAGACUUCUGUUUUUUGCGAAUAUGACCAACAACAACUACCAAUACCUAUACAUACAUAUAUAAAUAUAUAUAGAAACCUGUGUCAAAUGUUAUGAUAUGUGUCUUUAAACAAAUGUGGUCAGUAUUGUAGAAGCUUUGGAUGAGAACUGUUUCCAGCUGAACUGUGUACCGGUAUGUUGUUUUCUAUUGGCUGUGCACCGGCGGAGAAGGCAACUUUGUGCAUGAACUAUAUUAACCUCAGCUCAUGUUUGAUAAAUAAAAAAACAAACUGUAGGAUUGACUCUCAGUGCUGGAGAGGAAUAAUCCCUGCUAUCCUGUGUGCUUUGUAUGAUAGAUAUCUCAAAUGCUUCUCAAAUGCUUUCUAUGUGCCAAAGUAUUUUCCAGAAAAAAAGUAUACAUUCAAUAAACUUUGAAAAUGAAAAGCG